UUAAUUGUAUUCUUGUGUAUUGCAGGUGUCGGAGGUGGGAAUGAUUUCCAGUGGUGUUUCUCCCAAGUGAAAGGAGCCAUAGACGAAGAUGUGGCCGAAGCGGACAUUAUUUCGACAGUUGAAUUCAACUACUCUGGUGACUUGCUAGCUACAGGAGACAAAGGAGGCAGAGUUGUCAUAUUUCAGCGUGAACAGGAGAGUAAAAAUCGGCCACACUCCAGAGGGGAGUACAACGUGUACAGCACUUUCCAGAGCCAUGAACCUGAAUUUGACUACUUGAAAAGCUUAGAAAUCGAGGAAAAAAUCAACAAAAUUAGGUGGUUACCGCAACAAAAUGCUGCUCACUUCCUGCUCUCGACAAAUGACAAAACGAUCAAACUCUGGAAAAUCAGCGAAAGGGACAAAAGGGCGGAGGGCUACAACCUGAAAGAUGAGGAAGGGAGAUUGCGCGGAGAUCCUUUUAGAAUUACAUCACUACGGGUACCUGUGCUGAUGCCAAUGGACCUAAUGGUGGAAGCAAGCCCUCGGAGAAUAUUUGCGAAUGCACACACAUAUCACAUUAAUUCCAUUUCAGUAAAUAGCGAUCACGAAACGUACCUUUCGGCAGACGACUUAAGAAUAAACCUAUGGCACUUAGAAAUCACAGAUAGAAGUUUUAACAUUGUAGAUAUUAAGCCUGCCAACAUGGAGGAGCUGACGGAGGUCAUCACCGCCGCAGAGUGUCACCCACACCAGUGCAAUGUGUUCGUGUACAGCAGUAGCAAAGGAACUAUACGGCUAUGCGACAUGCGUGCCGCGGCCCUUUGCGAUAGGCAUACCAAAUUCUUCGAAGAACCAGAAGACCCAAGCAGCAGGUCUUUCUUCUCAGAAAUCAUCUCCUCGAUAUCUGACGUGAAGUUCAGCCACAGUGGUCGCUACAUGAUGACGCGAGACUAUCUAUCGGUAAAGGUGUGGGACCUGAACAUGGAGAACAGGCCAGUGGAGACCUACCAGGUGCAUGAAUACCUCCGUAGUAAGCUGUGCUCAUUGUACGAGAACGACUGCAUUUUUGACAAGUUUGAGUGCUGCUGGAACGGUUCUGACAGUGCCAUCAUGACCGGCUCCUACAACAACUUCUUCCGAAUGUUUGACCGGAGCACCAGGAGGGACAUCACGCUGGAGGCGUCCCGGGAGAGCAGUAAACCGCGCGCCCUCCUGAAGCCGCGCAAGGUGUGCACCGGCGGCAAGCGGAAGAAGGACGAGAUCAGCGUGGACAGCCUGGACUUCAACAAGAAGAUCCUGCACACAGCCUGGCACCCCAAGGAGAACGUCAUCGCCGUCGCCGCCACCAACAACCUGUAUAUAUUCCAGGACAAAAUCAACUAA